CAAGACAGGCGCGAGGCGACAGAAGGGAAAAAAACAGCUGGAUCUGAGGAUCUGUGCAGCUGUGCGGCUAGCUGUGUCCUCUCCCGGAGACAGCGCUUUCUUCCUCGGCUGUCGGACUGUCAGAAAAAAAGCUUGUUCUUGCAGCUGAUGAUGUGGUGUAAAGAUGGAGGCUCCUGAAUACCUGGACCUGGAUGAGAUCGACUUCUCUGAUGAUUCAGUGUAUUCUGUGACGUCUUUAAAGAGCAUCCCCGAGUUAUCCAGGCGGAGCGAUGGCCAGGCCGAGGAGAGACCAGCUCCUUCCAUCAACUGGAGUCGCGGCGUUUCCUCCCACAGCGGCGGGGGAAUCAAACCCACCGGGAUCGCUGAGGUCCACAGUAAGUUCCGGCCGGUGAAGAGGGUCUCUCCCCUCAAACACCAGCCAGAAACCACGGACUCUGACUCUGAUGGUAAAGUCCAGAGUCAGGGUCUGGGGGAGCCGGGGGAGAGCAGCAAAGAUGACCCGAGCUCUGACAAGGCGCCCCACGCCUCCUCUGACGCCCCCGGAGGAAAGGCUAAGGGCCUGGGCGGUGGCUCCGGCGGUGUUGUCGGAGGAAACAACCCACAGGCUCUGUUUGGGGAGCUGGAGCACUACGACCUGGACAUGGACGAGAUCCUGGACGUGCCUUAUAUCAAGUCCAGCCAGCAGAUGUCCACGCUGCCUCGCGUCACCCACGACAAGCGCUCGGUGACGGGGAGCAACCUGGGAGGAGGCACCCUGGAGAGGACCAGAGGAGGGGGGCUGAAGAGCUCCUCUUUAACCCACAAUGAGCCUCUGAGUCUGGGCAGCGCGAGCUCACAGACGCAGUAUUGUGUCCUGUCCCCGGUGAAGUGGUCCGACCUCAGGAAGUCCAAGUCCAUGGAUCCAGACCUCCACCACCUCCACCGCUCCCCAGGAGGCUACCAGUCAGACCUGCUCCCCUCUGGACUCCUCAGCUGCUCCUCCUCCCUCUCCUCUUUCUCUGAUGCAGACAAGCUGCUGUCCGCGCGGGUUUACCCGGACUCACAGAGCCAGAGGCCGAGCGUGGAGCCAUCAGGAGGACCAGGGCACAUGUUCCCGCUGCCUGGAUGCAGCAUGGGCAGGCAGGACGCCUCAAAGACCUGGACUCCAGGGGGGGGGGGAGGCAGUGGGCCGAGGGGGUUUGGAGGAGCUGGAGGGGAGAUGGACGAGGAGACAAAGAAGAAUCAAAACAUCAUCAACAUCGUCAGAGAGGGACAGAUCUCGCUGCUGCCUCACCUGGCUGCAGAUAACCUGGAGCUGAUCAGAGACGAAGACGGGAACAACCUGCUGCACAUCUCGGCCUGUCAGGGUCACGCUGACUGUCUGCAGCAUCUCACCUCCCUGAUGGGGGAGGACAGUCUGAACGAACGCAACAACCAGCAGCUCACCCCCGCUGGGCUGGGAGUCAAGAACGGUCAUCUGGAGUGUGUGAGGUGGAUGGUGAGUGAGACGGAGGCCAUCGCAGAGCUGAGCUGCACCCGAGAACAUCCCAGUCUGAUCCACUACGCUGCCCGCCAUGGACAGGAGAAGGUGUUGCUGUGGUUGCUUCAGUUCAUGCAGGAACAGGCGAUCUCUCUGGACGAAGUCGACCAGAACGGAAACACAGCGGUCCACGUGGCGGCUCAGUACGGACACCUCACCUGCAUACAGACUCUGGUGGAGUACGGCUCUAACGUGACCGUCCAGAACCAGCAGGGGGAGCGGCCGUCCCAGAGUGCUGAGCGACAGGGACACACCACCUGCGCUCGAUACCUUGUCGUUGUGGAAACCUGCAUGUCGUUGGCUUCGCAGGUUGUUAAACUCACCAAACAGCUCAAUGAACAGGCUGCAGACAGGAUCGUUCUGCAGAAACAUCUGCAGAGACUGAUGGACCCCAACAAGGCAGAGGGGACACCGUCCAGAUCUCCCAGCUCCCAUCAGCCCUCAGUGGAGGCGUGGCCUGAGAUGUUGCUGACAGCAGAAGGGACUCCUGGUGAUGGUCAAUGGUUGGUUCGACAGGCAGGGGCAGGACCAGACUCAGUGCUGCGGCAGCUGCUGGGGAAGGACAUGUCGGACUCGCUGUGUUCCAGGGAGAGGCUGCCUCCAGCGGUUGGCCCUGGCCCCUGCGGCCCCGCGGCCCCUGGAGCCCGCAGGACGGUGCUGGGAGAGAGGAGGGAGCUCAAACUAGCGAGACUCAAACAGAUCAUGCAGCGCUCCCUGAGUGAAUCCGACACAGAUGGUUAUCCACCAGAGGAGGGUAAAAAUCAAGGAGCCUCGGCCUCCAGCACUCUGCGACCUGAUAGGCCGUCUCACCUGCCAAUCGCAGAGGAGGAGCCAGCAUCAAGCCACCUUGACCCAAUGAUGAAGAACCACCUCCCCGCCUCCGCCCCGACUUCCACCACUGAGAGGAAGCUGGCAUUUUCUCUCAGUGGGUCAAAGUCAGUGGACAGCAUCGGUUUCAACCCGUCCCCCACCUCCAGCGACCCCGAGGCAGCAGACGCUAAAAUAUCGGACGUUUCAACCGACUCCCACGACGCCACCAACGGCCAGAAAGUUGCCACGAGCCCCAAGAGCGCCCUGAAGUCACCCUCAUCUCGCAGGAAGACGUCUCAGAACCUUAAACUGAGAGUUACCUUCGACGAGCAGGUGCACAAGAGCUCCAAUCCGGAGGCAGAGCAGACCAAAGGGCAUCAUGGGAAGGAAAGGACUCCGACAGGAAGCUCUGAGAGUAAGCGGUCGUUCGGGGCGUUUCGCUCCAUCAUGGAGACGCUGAGCGGGAACACGAACCACAACAACAACAGUGGUGCUCAGUCGGGCUCUGCUGUGAAACCGGCCACCUGUCAGAACUCACCUGGCAGGAAGUCAGAGAGUAAAGGCAGCCCAGGGGGCGGAGCCAAGGGCAAGAGCAGAACCAGUAACGUGUAAGCAACAAACCAGCAACCAAUCAGUGCCUACUGAGGCCAGAGCGCUUACAACCAACUACAGGGCAACGACACAGAGCAGAUCUAAGAGGCAAAGAACAGGAGAAAUGUAACCUGAUUGAUGUGUUUCAGGUUGUAGCACUUUUUAGCUUCACACUUUUUAAAAAACAAAACAUGCAGUCACCAUCUCCAAUGGCUGAAGUGAAAUGUUCUAAAAAUACACUUAAAUAUCCAAUUAAAAAAUGCUGAAAAUGUAAUUUAAUACAGGAAAAUAACUGCAGAUAAUUCCCUGACUACACAACAAUAUUUAAUGUCCUGUUUCCGUCACCUUACACAAAGUAAAAGAUCAAACUGUCAUGGGAUCUAAAGUGACAUCGAGCUGGAAAAACUAACCAGCUGUUUUUACAGAGGAAACAUGCAAAUUCCAAAUGCCUAACUUUUAACAACACACACACAGUAUAGUCAAAUUAACAGGAUUUUCUGAAACUGAAACUUUUAACUUUUCAUGCUGUCAGGAACUCGCACUUUGAGGCCCCCCGCACUCUGAGGUCGCUCUCUAUUACCCAUCGUUGAAGCCGUGGAUCAGAAUCAUAUAAUUUCAUUCUCAAUCAACAUUACGUUAAUCUGGGAAGUCCUUUCACUAUAUCGGCCAUGCUUUGCUCGCCGUGCGUUGCUUUUAUUUAGUCUUGCAGUGCCAACUCUCUCAACAAAUCUCUGGGCCCCCCAAGGGUCACACCCGAGUUUAAGGGCCCACUCACACUAGGCCCGGUUGUCCCCUCCCCAUUCCGCCGCUGGCCUGCACUGUCACUGCUCCAGGACUAACCGGGCCUGAGCACGGUUACCUCCUCUUGCCAAGGAAGUGUACCGAGCUUGAGAACGGAUCGGAGCACUCACAUUAUCGAGCUGGACUUUGAGGGUCAAACGUGCUUCGACAUGGUCGGAUUUCCUAGAGUGAGUGCGCCCUGAGAAUUCGAGUUAGUAAAUUAAACACCUCAGUACAUUUUGUACACAAACUAGUCUUCACUCAACAUUCACAAGACUUUUUGAAACAUUAAUACUUCAGAAAUUCAGAAUUUUUUUGACCACACCCCAAACAAAAGUUCCUCUCACUUCCGAUCUUGUUUUUUUUUUUCAGAGGAUUUUAAACUUUAAACGUUAACAUUUCUCACGUUCUUUGCCUCAAAUGUUAAAUCUUUUUAAAGCUGUUGAUACAGAUUGAGGUCUGAGAGACAUAAAUAGAAGCCCUCCCAGCUUUUCUUUUAUCUAUCAAAUGUUUCUUGGUGGAUAUUUAGAAACAAGAAAUCACUACAAACAAAGGUAAAUGAAAAGAACCUGUGUAAAAUGAAGGAUCAGUUUUCCUGCAGAAACUUCACAUCUCAAAACUCUUUUUUCCUCACAUUGAUCAGAUCCCUGUAAGAGGAGGUGGAAGUUGUCUGUCACUAUGUUACUGUGUAAAGAAUCAGUGUUAGUAUUUAUGUUUAUGCACACUUUAAUAUGAGAAUGUUUUAAAUGUGGUUACAAUCACGCACGUGUUCAACGUGCACCGGCACAACUAAUACGUUUAAAACCACUUUGUGUGGAAGUAUUCAUUUUGUAUUAUUAUAUAUUGUUUGAUAUGAUUUUUCACUCUAUGUUUUUUAUCUAUGCAGUAUUUUUGGCAUGAAGAAGUAGAUGUUAGUUGUGUGAUGUGUUUGAGGCGAGGAGGUUUGAGGACGCUCCGCUCACAUACAAACAGGCUCCUGGUUUAAAGGUCACAAUCCUCCUCCUCUUCAACCAGUUUAAAUAAGUCUCAGAGCUCCCCAAAACAUGUGUGUGAAGUUUCUUGUUCUAAAU